GAACACCUCAGCACACGGAGCCGCUGCAGUCUGACCGUCAGGAGAGGAAACAGGGAAACUCUCCUCUUCUGAAACAAAUAUCUUUUUAAAAAAGGACAUGAUGGUGWUGAUGAAGGGCCUGUCCACGUGUUGGUGUCUCUGCAUGCUGAUUCACUGCUUGGCUCAAGCAGACGCUGCGCUCACGUGCACCUCCACUCAGUUCAAGUGUGGAAAUGGGAGGUGCAUCACCCAAAAGUGGAUCUGUGAUGGAACUGAUGACUGCGGCGAUGGCAGCGACGAAUUACCUGCCGCCUGUGCAACAAAAACUUGCUCCGAGUCACAGUUUAACUGUGGCGCUCCGACCAAUGAGUGCAUACCGAAGAACUGGCACUGCGACGGCGCAGCUGACUGUAAAAAUGAAGCUGAUGAGAAAAACUGCACUGUGAAACAAUGCUUGGCCAAUCAGUUUCAGUGCGCCAGCGGCCAGUGCAUAUCCAAGAUGUUUGUCUGCGACAAAGAAAACGACUGCUCCGACGGCUCGGACGAGCAGUCCUGUCCCAAACCCACCUGCAGCCCUCAGUCCUUCCAGUGCAACAACCUGAUGUGCGUUCCCGCCCAGUGGCUCUGCGACGGCGACGCGGACUGUACCGACGGGUCCGACGAGUGGCCGAAAAACUGCCGGAAGAAGCAACCGGAGAAGAAGCCGUCGUCGUGUGGCGAUCACGACUUUGAGUGUUUGAGUGGGAACUGCAUCCACAGCAGCUGGAGGUGUGACGGAGAAAUAGACUGCUCUGAUCAAUCGGAUGAGGUCAACUGCACCCAAACUAUUUGCCGUUACAAUCAGUUCCGGUGCAACAACGGCACCUGCAUCAGUGACAACCUCAGAUGUAACUUAGAGCCUGACUGCUUAGACGGUAGUGAUGAGAUCGGCUGCAACACAGAUGCAUGCAAAGACCCGACUGAGUUCAAAUGUGGUAGUGGGGAAUGCAUCAGCAUGGACAAAGUGUGCGACAAGGACAGAGACUGCAGUGACGGCUCUGAUGAACCUAGCAGUGUGUGUGGAACAAACGAAUGUUUGACAGAAAACGGUGGCUGCUCUCAUAAAUGCAAUGACCUGAAGCUUGGCUACAACUGCUCCUGCCCUGCUGGGUACCAUCUGAAUAUUGACAAUAAAACCUGUGAAGACAUUAAUGAAUGUGAGGAUCCUGACAUCUGCAGUCAGAUCUGCAUCAACCUGCCGGGAAGCUUUAAGUGCGACUGCGGCGAGGGCUUUCAGAUCGACCCCAUGAGCAACACGUGCAAAGCUGAGUCAGGGUCGUUGCCCUCGCUGGUCUUCACCAACAAGCACGAGGUGAGAAAGAUUGCGGUGGACCACAGCGAGUACGUCCAGCUGAUCUCUCAGCUGAAAAACGCAGUGGCUCUGGACGUGGACAUGCCGAACAAGAGGAUCUUCUGGUCUGACCUGUCACUGAAGAAAAUCUUCAGCUCCAGCAUAGACGAGGCUGACGAUUUCUCUCGUCACAACGUUGUGAUCGGCAGCGGGAUCGAGGCUCCAGAUGGUAUCGCAGUGGAUUGGAUCCAUGGCAACAUCUACUGGACUGACAGCGUUUUGAAAACCAUUUCAGUGGCGACCACAGACGGCAGUAAGAGGCGGACGCUCGUCACAGAGAACCUCGGGAAGCCGAGAGCCAUCACAGUCGACCCUCUCAACAACUUCAUGUACUGGACAGACUGGGGGGAGGAGCCUAAAAUUGAGAAGUGUGGGCUAAACGGAGCCGGUCGCAUCGUCCUAGUCAAAGACCACAUUGAAUGGCCCAAUGGCAUCACUCUGGAUAUGCUCAACCAGCGUCUGUACUGGACCGACUCCAAGCUGCACACUAUCUCCAGCAUCGAUGUGAACGGAGGAACCCGACACACUGUUAUUUCCAGCGGGGAAGCCCACCGACCCUUCUCGCUGGCUGUCUUUCAGGAGAAAGUUUUUUGGACCGAUGUCAGCAAAAGCGCCAUUUUUAGUGCCAACCGCCAGACUGGAAAGGACAUCACUGAGCUGGUCUCUGACCUGGGACAGCCAGAAGACAUGGUGCUUUACCACAGCCUCAAGCAGCCACUCGGUGUAAACUGGUGCAUGCAGAGCAACAGCAUAAAYGGUGGUUGUGAGUUCCUGUGCCUCCCUGCUCCUCUGACUGAAGCAAACUCUGUUCAAUACACCUGCGCCUGUCCUGACAACAAGACACUCGAUGCUGAUAUGAAGACGUGUGUGAGAGAUGGCUCAGCUGCACCCCAAGCUCCCAGCAAACAACCUUCCACUACAACAACUACUACCACAACUACUACCACAACUACUACCACCACUGAGGCCAUUAAAAGGCCCACAGUUAGCUCGACUACCCAGUCAGCACAGAACACACAGAAACCUGGCGGCCCUCAAGGUAGAGUCCAGCCUGUGACGCCAGAGGAAGCCCCUUCAUCCCACCACGCUGCUCUCUACAUUGUGCUGCCUCUUGUUAUUUUAGUCAUGGUUGCGUUUGGAGCAGUGCUGCUGUGGAGACAGUGGCGAGCAAAGAACACAAACUCCAUCCACUUCGACAACCCGGUGUACCAGAAAACCACCGAGGACGAAAUGCACAUCUACAGGAACGGCUCUGACGGCUACGUUUACCCCGAGAGGCAAAUGGUGCGCAUGGACGACCUGGACAUCGCUUAACCCGAAGAUGAAGAAACUUUCCUCGCUCUCUUUCUCCAGAGAAACACAAUAUGCAGCUCAACAACUCCUCCCAUUUCCCACAGUGACCUCACGCUGUGGUUUAUGUUUCCGACCUCAGCGCUGUGCCAGCCGAGCUUGCGAAACGAAGCGUUUAUUUGAAAACUUCAGCAAAAACGAGGCAUCGCAGGACCACAUAAUCGUUUCAGAAUGGAAGCCUGGCGCUUGGUUUCAGAGGAUGAUGCUCUCAGUUUAGGAGCUUUGACGCUAUUUGAAAACCGUCCACAUAAACGUCUAACAUGCACGRGCUUGCUGCAACCAGCAGAAAUGACCUGUCACAUUUACCAUUAUCCACACCUGCAAUAUUUUCAUGUGUGCCUUACAGGAAAAGCCUUAAUAUUUAUCCCUUUGCCUUCUAAAUCCUUGAUAGCUUUAUUAACGUCAUUCUGUGGGCUUUACUCAGUCAGGGAACAGGGUUUGUCGCGUUAAAGAGGCGUUUGAGUUUGCUUUAAAUCUGUAAUAUUUAUUACCAAAGCUUGACAUGUUUCGUCCAGACUCAGUGUAAGCGUCUGAGCCACAGGUAGUUUACAGUUUAAAUGAAGAAGCUGCUGAGUUUUAUUUAAGUGAACCAAAAAUUGAAGUAAAUGUUCUAUUUUAAAAGAUGGUUUAUUUAGUGAUUGUAUUUGAUUACUUAUUGCUGUAAAAAAGUUACACUGUAAAUAUAUUUGUAUAAAGAGUUCUUCAUUUUGCCUUAUUUUUUGUUACAUUUGUAAAUAUAAUCAAGAAGUCUGUAAAUAUGUGACAGAUUCUUAUAUUUAUUGAUGGAGGUUUCUGGAUUUUUGUGAGCUGGCUGCAAGCAGAGUCGAGUCUUUGUGGAGAAGCAUGUUUUGUUCCCGACGAGUCAGCCUCACCUUCACAUUGUGCAGCUAUUGUUUUACUGAAGUCAAUCAGAACUUUGAUUGUUCGUCAUGUCUCAGUGAGAAUGAAGAGACCCUCUGUUCCUCACAUCGUUGCUGUCUGCAGUCACGACUCAGAUUAUUUAUUUUUUAUCUUCCUUUGUUCUGUUUCUAUGUUUGUCGUGAGAUUAUGACAUGUUCUGUAUGUUAAAGAUUUGUUGGGUUGAUGCACAAGAGUUCUGUUUGAGUGGGUCACUUAUUUUUUUUUUUUACAAAAAUAAAACAGCUUAAAUAUUAA